AAUCCAGGCCCUGCUCGAUCUUGGUCGUCCAAGCAGUCUUUGCAUCGCCGAUCACUGCAGCUAGCCCAUCUCUAGUACUGCAGCUCGACCAGUGGACGAUGUCGAAGCCGCAAAAGAUCGUGAUCAAGCUGGGCAUGCCGAGCGCCAAGAACCGGAAGGAAGCCAUGGCGCUGGCUGCCAAAGUGCACGGGGUGAGCUCGGUGGCGAUCACCGGCGGCGACAAGGACCAGCUGGAGGUCGUCGGCGCGGGCGUCGACGCCGCCAGCCUGGUCAGCCGCCUGCGCAAGAAGGUGCUCCGCCGCGCCGACAUCCUGCUGGUGGAGGAAGCCAAGGACAAGAAGAAGCCAGAGGAGCCGCCGCAGUGGUGGUGGCCCGGUUACUACUACGCUCAGCACCGCCCGCCGCCGAUGCCGGUGGCCGUCUGCGAGGAGCCAGCGAUGGCCGGUUGCCACAUCAUGUGAAACUAUUCAAGAUAAUCGAUUUUGCACUAGACGAUCGACGUACGUAUAUAUAUGAACGUUUUUUUCGAGACAGUACAUUAGCACGUUUCUCAUUAAGAAAAAAUCAUGCGUAUAUAUACGAGUUUUAUCUACACUCAUGUGUAGCUACUCUCAUCAUCAGUAUAUCAUCGUGUGUAUGUCCGCAUACUCAUCUAUCACUUUGAGUAUGUUCAUAUACUUAUUCUAAAAUACUUCAAAGGUAUAUACAUGAAAAUUUUCAUAAGCAA